AUUAUUACACCUCAAUCUGAGACCUUACAUUGCUUAAAACGUAUACAUGCAUGCAGGCCCUUUCAUUUCUCAUUUUCUUGUAACAUUCACAUGCACAUGCAUGAUCAUAAUCAUUUAUAUAUGUAUUCAUUUAUCAAUUCCACCUCUAUAAAUAUGAAUAUGAUCAUGAACAUCUAUCUAUUCAUAUAAUCAUUCAUAAGUGUAUCUACUAAAGUUUUUCAUGGCUUCUCUCUUCAAACUCUCUAUCUUCAUCCUGCUUGCAGCAUCCUCCCUCGCAACCGUGCCCGCUCCGACGUCGUCGGAGGCUCCGCCCGUCAGCCCGAUUGGCCUUUCGGCCCGCCUGCAGUCGGACGGCCUGACGCAGUGCUGGGACUCGCUGGUGGAGCUCCGAUCGUGCACAGGGGAGGUGAUCCUCUUCUUCCUCAACGGCGAAACGUACCUGGGCCCGAGCUGCUGCCGGGCCAUUCGCGUCAUCGAGCAUCACUGCUGGGCCGCCGACGUCUUGCUGGCGUCCCUCGGCUUCACGGCUCAAGAAGGAGACAUACUGCGCGGCUACUGCGAUGCAGCCGACGAUUCCUCCGACCCGUCGACGCCGCAACCGCCGCCAGCCCCGCCGUCUAUCUCUCCAGGGCCAUCAUCCCACUAGAAUCGAGAAAUGGUGUCUGGUUGUUUUAACUGUUAAAGGUCAUGGGCCAUGCACGUAGGUUUGCAUGGUUUGUGUUAGUCACUUUGAUGUGAGUCAUACCUAUAUAUAUAUGUGUGUGUGUGUGUGUGUUAGGGUCAAAUGAGCUUAGUAGGGUUGGGUCAUAUGUGAACCUGGUAUGAGUCAUUAUGGAUCUAGUAAUUAAGAUUAUGAUGCUUAAUUAUCCUAUAUAAGUACUCUAUGAUCAUUGAUCAUAUUGAGAAUAUUAAAUAUCCUUUUUAGUAAUGAUUUGUGCACUAAUCCAUCCUUGAACCAUUUGUUGAGG